CAUACGUAACAGUUUCUUGAACACUAAGGAACAUAAAUCUUUUUUAAAACAAUGCAAACGUGUUCACUUAUUGUCUACAGUAAUUUUAAAGAAUGGUAAAAUAUGGUAAAUGCUUUAUUUUAAACGUAAAUAAAUCUCACACACUACCAGGACUUUUCCUCCGAGGUAAAAGUAAUUUCUUAACCGGAGAAUUGUAGUGAACGUGUCUUCAUUUGAAGAGCUCCUUCAGGAAAAUAACUUACUGCUACAGCCAUGGCGAUGAUGGAUAAUAGAGAGUUUCUUAUCUCUCAUAUAAGAAAUUCCUUCAUCACAAGUGAUGAUACUGGCAUGUGUGAGAUGAUUAUAGAUGUUGAUGAUGAGAAGAACAGAUCUGGUGCAUACACUAGUGAUAGUGGAAUGGAAUCAUCAGACAGCGAGAUGUCAAAUUCCUAUGAUAUUCUGCCAGACAUGGACUACGGUGCCCAUCGGAGAAGGUCAAACACGUCCCAGCGCUUAGAAAGGAUGAAGAAGGAGAAACGGAAUCAGUCACGGGUGAAAAAUAUCACAUGGAAAGAUACAAAUGUUGACUUUGAUGUUACAGAAAAAUCUCAGCUAUUUGAGAAGAAAAGCUUACCUGACCCAGAAACAACCUGUUCAUUUCCAAGCAUUUCACGGUUGUCAGAACAACUCCACACCAGCGCGUCGAUGGGAGAAAACCCUUUCCUGGAGUAUGCAAAAUUUGAUGGCAAGGCAAGUGUUGGCGUAGCUACUAAGAAGAUUGACAUUUUCCUUACGAUGGCCCUGCCUGAUGAUCGCCCCUAUCCGAUAUCUGUAGUUGUGGUAUCAACAGCAAAGAUUCAGGACCUUAUCGGCCUUAUUUGCUGGCAGUAUACAAUAGAAAUGAGGGAACCAAUGCUGCAUGAGAAUACAGACAUGUAUUGUUUGCACAUAGCAGAAGAUGACGGAGAAGUGGACACAGAUUUUCCCAGUCUCGACAGUCGGGAACCAAUCUCAAAGUUUGGAUUUACAAAGCUGGCACUAGUUGAAAAAGAUGUCCCGACGCAUACAAGUAGAAAUACUAUCAUCGUCACUGUCAACAUUCCACAUCGAGGUUUUAACAAGUUCCAGAUAGAAAACGCAAACGUCACCAUGAAAGAAAUUUUGGAAAAGGUUCUGAAACGAAGAAAGAUAAAAGUUAGACCUGGUCAGUGCUACAACCUUGAGAAGCAGUCAGUUAUGGGUGUACCAGUCGACCUUGAAGCCACCAUUGCCAGCAUGGACACUCUAGAUUUUGUACUCGUCAGAGAAAACAGUUCAAGAGGUGACUCGGAAGUUAUGGAAGACACAAAAACAUCAAAGAUGGCGGAGUCACUGACGUCACACCAAUACAAGUCUUACAUUGUCAGCAUGGUCCACAAACUUCGCACUAACACAGAAGUCCAAUUAGGAGUGAGUGGUGAAAAGGUUGAAAUAGAUCCCGUUGUUGGGAAAGGUAGCGCAAGGCUGUUCAGACAGAGAGCUGUGACAUAUGCAGCUGACAACAUCGCUGCAUGUGAUAUCAUGGAAGACAAAGAUGGAGGCAAGUCAGUAUUUCGCCUGACGUACUUCAGCGGCCAUGAGUUCAAGCACCACGAUUUUGAGGCGGAAACGAACACUUGUAACGAGAUUGUGCAGAAAUUCAACAACAUCCUUGAGCUUCGAUUGAGUCCUGUUCGGAAGGAAUACGUUGCCAUAAGAGACCGGAAAAUGCUGAGAAAAAGAGACUCACUCAUGUUUUGAUAGAAAUAUGAAAAUAUAUAAUGAAUGAAAUUAUAAAUUAACCUAUAAAUUGAGUUCAUGUAAGAUUAUGAUUUUGUUGCCUAUGGAGACAGAAAGCCACUGAGGAAAAGAGACUCACUUAAGAUUUGAUAAGCUAUUUCUAGAAAUGUAAAUUAUAACAUAGAUUAAAGCAUGAAUCAAAGCAGAAAUUCAUCAACAAUUGAGGUUUUUAAUAGUCCAGAACAAGAUGGGAACAAAAUACCUAUAAAGCUAGAAAAUCCAGACUUGCACAGUGUUUGGUCCCUUAAUCAAUGUAUCAGAAAACUGCUUUUGAAUAUGUUAUAUAAGAUAUUGAUUUCAAAGCAUGUAUAAUUCUGUGAGCAUCGACCUUGUAAGAUUAAGAAUGUAUCUACUAAGUUACAGCAACUUAUGUAAAUUACAUGUUUAUAUAUUGCAGGAAAACAUACUUUUUUAAUAUUUAUUUAUACAGCAUAUAUGAAGUUUAUUUUAUUACAUGAUACAAAUCCUUUGCAAAUAAAUGAGAGAAAAAACAACAGACGUUAAUUGAUUUGAGACUAGAUGAGACUCAAAAAAGAAAAUCUUAUAUUUUAUGCCUGAACUGAUAUUAUUAUGUAAUAACUACUUUUUUUGUUAGACAUAUUUUUAAGUGUGAUAUUUAAGAAAAGCAAAUGAAUGAUAUGACAACACAUGUAUUUUAAAAUCGUGUAUUAUAUCUGCAUAGACAUAAAUAAGCUAUUCAUUUAUGCAAACAUUUAAAUGGAGCCUUUCACAAAAUAUCUUUAAAACUUAGGGCUAUUCCAUUUUAACAUAUAACCCCAAGGGGGAAGUCAUUUUUAAAUUAUACCCCCCACAGAAGCAAUUUGAUCCAAAUAUGCGAAAAAAGACACC